CUGUCCUUUUCAUCGCAACUCUUCUAGCGCUCUUUUUCGUCAUGCAAAGUGCUUCUGCUUCUACUUCUGCGCCAGUCGGCCACGGGGUGCCGAAAAGCCAUCAUUUCAAGUUUACGGUCUUGAAGGGCUAUUUCCAGCAAUCCGAGGACGAGACCAACGACAAGGAAUUUGAUUUCAGAAAAUCCAACUUCGGACUCAUCAACCGGUCCUACCCAUCCGAUGAAUCCGGCGACACGGAAGAAUCGAGCGCAAAACAGCAAUGGCGCCGUUUCGAAAAGUACGUCCGCAAGCUGAACGACGAGAGCGCGGAGAACGAAUAUAUCAAAGUGCUGUUCCUGGGCAGACACGGCCAGGGAUGGCACAACGUCGCUGAGACGAAGUACGGCACUGCUGCUUGGGACUGCUACUGGUCGAUGUUGGACGGCGCAGAUGGCAUCACGUGGGCCGAUGCCAACCUGACGGGCGUGGGCGAGGGUCAAGCGCGAGAUGUGCACGAGCUCUGGAGUCUAUUGCUACCAGACGGGAUCCCAUCUCCAGAGACGUUCUACGUGAGUCCCCUGACGAGGGCGAUCGAGACUGCGGAUUUGAGCUUCAAAGGCCUGGAACUGGGCCCCGGCAACGAGUACAAGCCCAUCAUCAAAGAGCUCCUCCGCGAGACUCUCGGUAUCCACACCUGCGACCGCCGCAGCCCCGCAACGCACCUGAAAACGAUUUUCCCGCACCUGGCCUUUGAGCCGGGGUUCGCAGAGGACGACCCCCUCUGGAGCGCUGAGUUGCGCGAGCCCAACGGCGCGCGCCGCUUCCGACUCAGCCAGCUGCUCGACGACAUCUUUACGCACGACGAAGGCGUGGUGCUGUCGUUCACCAGCCACUCUGGCGCCAUCGGGAGCAUCCUCGAGGCCGUCGGACACAGGAAGUUCGCGCUCGAGACGGGUGGCGUGAUUCCGGUGCUUUUGAGGGCGGAAAAGGUUGAUGGCGAGAGGGAGGAACCGCCGAAGGAGCCCAGCGAGGGGCCACCGAAGUGUACGGAGCCUCCUGUCGGUUCCUAGGGCGGUCGUUGAAGUUACUCAAUGCGGUUGUCGUGAAUGAGCCGCAUGAGGAAGGUUUGUGAAAAGGUGUCUAUGACGGUGGUGCGAUCACGGGAGGAGUCGGAAUGCGCGCUGGUGGUUCGUCGACUGAUCGUUGCGUGUGAGACGCUAGGGCGAUCCGAAUAGAAUUCGCAUUAAUGCAUAUGUGCAAUCUUGGCGAAAUUAUUCUGGGGAAUUCAUGUUUGAUGUCUGUGAAAUACACGAUCUCAAUUCGAGAUGCUGGGUGUAGUGUUGCUGUUGGUUGACAAUGUCUCUCUCGGAGGCAACUCGGAGUUAGGUCGCCAGCUGGAGAUCACAAGUCUAGAGUUCAUGGCACGAUGUUCGAAAAUAUGACAUUAGGUCUCUAUCACAGCACACAAUGGCUCUUCGAUUUCGAAAUCCUUCUGUUUUAUUUCCAAGAACGGUGCGCAAGUAAAUUCAAUGUCAAGUUCGUGCGCGAAGCCAUAAUCACGAGAGUGC